CUCCUCCCCCUCCCCCUUUCCCGGCCAAGAUGUCUGACAUGGAAGAUGAUUUCAUGUGCGAUGAUGAGGAGGACUACGACCUGGAAUACUCUGAAGAUAGUAACUCCGAGCCAAAUGUGGAUUUGGAAAAUCAGUACUAUAAUUCCAAAGCGUUAAAGGAAGAUGACCCAAAAGCAGCAUUAAGCAGUUUCCAGAAGGUUUUGGAACUUGAAGGUGAAAAGGGAGAAUGGGGCUUUAAAGCACUGAAACAAAUGAUUAAGAUUAACUUCAAGUUGACAAACUUUCCAGAAAUGAUGAACAGAUAUAAACAACUAUUGACCUAUAUUCGAAGUGCAGUCACAAGAAAUUAUUCUGAAAAAUCCAUUAAUUCUAUCCUUGAUUAUAUCUCCACUUCUAAACAGAAUUCUGAUUUUUUAUGUCAGAUGGAUUUACUGCAGGAAUUCUAUGAAACAACACUGGAAGCUUUAAAAGAUGCUAAGAAUGAUAGACUAUGGUUUAAAACAAACACAAAGCUUGGAAAAUUGUAUUUAGAACGGGAGGAAUAUGGAAAGCUUCAAAAAAUUUUACGCCAGUUACAUCAGUCCUGCCAGACUGAUGAUGGAGAAGAUGACCUGAAAAAGGGUACACAGUUAUUAGAAAUAUAUGCUUUGGAAAUUCAAAUGUACACAGCACAGAAAAAUAACAAAAAACUUAAAGCACUCUAUGAACAGUCACUUCACAUCAAGUCUGCCAUCCCUCACCCAUUGAUCAUGGGAGUCAUCAGAGAAUGUGGCGGUAAAAUGCAUUUGCGGGAAGGUGAAUUUGAAAAGGCGCACACUGAUUUUUUUGAAGCCUUCAAGAAUUAUGAUGAAUCAGGAAGUCCAAGAAGAACCACUUGUUUAAAAUAUUUGGUCUUAGCAAAUAUGCUAAUGAAAUCGGGAAUAAAUCCAUUUGACUCACAGGAGGCCAAACCGUACAAAAAUGAUCCAGAAAUUCUCGCAAUGACGAAUUUAGUAAGUGCCUAUCAGAAUAAUGAUAUCACUGAAUUUGAAAAGAUUCUGAAAACAAAUCACAGCAACAUCAUGGAUGAUCCUUUCAUUAGGGAACACAUUGAAGAGCUUUUGCGAAACAUCAGAACACAAGUCCUCAUAAAAUUAAUUAAGCCUUACACAAGAAUACAUAUUCCUUUUAUUUCUAAGGAGUUAAACAUAGAUGUAGCUGAUGUGGAGAGCUUGCUGGUGCAGUGCAUAUUGGAUAACACUAUUCAUGGCCGAAUUGAUCAAGUCAACCAGCUCCUUGAACUGGAUCAUCAGAAGAGGGGUGGUGCCCGAUAUACUGCACUAGAUAAAUGGACCAACCAACUAAAUUCUCUCAACCAGGCUGUAGUCAGUAAACUGGCUUAACAAAGAACAAGCUUUUACAGACAUACUUAAGGCAACAGUGCAGAGAUGUAAUUCUUAAGAACUGGGAAUGGCAAAACUACUGUCGGUUGAUGUGUCCUGAAAAUUAUUGGAGUUAUGGCAGAAGUGCUUUUUUUGAUCAACUGGUUUGUGUUUUGCUGCUGCAUUUAUCCCAAGAAAAACAGCUUUAAUCUCCAGAAGAAAACCAAAAUGCCAUGGGAUUUAUGCUGUAUUGACAUCUUGCCCUAAACAUACAACAUCAUAGUAAUUUGUCAUGGGCAACAUGACCAGAGAGAAGAUUUUUGUCAUGAUUUUAAAUACACUGACAUGCUACUGUUGGUUAAAUUUAAACAUGUUUUACCUACAGAAAUUCUCUCACAAAUAACCUGCAAUAACUUGAAAUGCAUACCCUUUUGAACACUUCCUUUUCUCAUGUAUAAAUUAAAAUGUUUGCUGCAUUUUGCAAAAUGUCAAUUCUCCAAAAAUGUGUCCGUAUAUUUCUGUACCUGCAGUGUAGUAAAGGUUUAGAUGAAACCCCAUAAUUAUAGUGGCACACUGUCACUUAGGUUUCAAGCAGCAAAAUAAACAGUGCAGCUCAGAAAUUGUAGUUUGGUUCUUGAUGUUUUUAUUACACUUGGGGUUUUUGUUUUGGUUAUUAGUACCUUAGAAAUUUCAAAUUUUAUCGUCAGUUAACAAUUUUUAAAAACCUGAGAGCAAAUAAGUUAGUUGUUUGCUUUCAAGUUUUUAAAGUAAGUCUAUUGAGAAAGUAAGUAGAACUAGUUUCUAACAAAACAUUUGCAUAGCACUUACUUUAACAGUGAUGCUUUAAAGGAAUAAAAUUCUUUUUUUUUUAAGAAUGAUAUUCCUUUUUCAAAGAAUAAGUUCUAACUCUCAGAAUGUUCACUUUAAACAAAUAUGCCAGAACAUAGACAGCUAAAUGAAUGUUACUCUGCAUAGUGAUCAUACUGGAAAAUUAUUUCCUAAUUCCAGCUAUUUACCAUUGCUCAAAGUCUUGGAUUUUGCUCUUUUAGAAUUGCAUUCAUAGCUAAUUUAAGUCACACAAGCUAUUACACUUUGUUUGUUUGUUUGUUUGUUUGUUUUUAAAGUACUACCAAGAUUAAAUGUCUUAUAGUUACCAUUAUUUGGCACUGAAUAACUUUUGACCGUUUCUAAAAAUUAAAUCAACCUUUGAGGUAAUCUUAGAAAGUAUGCAACUAACUGGCUUUGGAGGCAAUCCCAAAAGAGUUUUAUAGGUAUUUUGAGCAGUGGUAACAUAGUUAAGAGAAUGAACUGUGGCCUUCCAAGGUGUCUACCUUAAAGGAUUCGCAGCUCAUUUGAAUGUAUUGAGAUUUGGAUUUAUUUGUUUCUUUUUUUAAAAAAAGUUCACAUUAUUUUAUAGUAUCAAAAGGAAGAAGUAAGAUUAAGAAAAUUUCUUUGGUUUUUCUAUUGCUUGUUAUUAUGUUAAAAGAAGUGAGUGGCAGUUCAGGAGGAAGACUGUUUGUUGUAACUGAAGAAUGACAACCAAGAAUUUUUGAUCAUUAAAUCAGAUUUUAUAAACAGUGGAAGGAGCAUGGACUUAAAACAAGGCAUGCUUAUUCGGUUUUGUCAAAAUUUUACGAAAAUAUGUGAUAUAUAUUUAUACUAAAACUAUAUAAUCCUUAGAUUUAGGAAAGCAAUCAGUUAAUGUCUUCAGCAGAUUAAAGCAGUAUUAAAUACAGGUGCAAGUUGGAAAUUGUAGAAAACGAAGAAAACAAAGGACAAAAUGUCUCUGGUAGGGAAUAAAAAAGUUUAAGAUAUAAAUUAUGUGUAUUUUCUUCUCUUUUACAUAAAUUUGUGAAAAGUGUGCUAAAAUUUUUUCACAGAAGUGAUUAUUAGGAUUUAUUUUUCAAUAUAAUUUGGAGACCGUUUGUUACCCAAAUAAACAUGACAAGUUUCUGUGCCUGUAUUCACAUAUGUAUGUGAUAACUCUGGGAGGGAAAGCCCUAUUUACUCUGAGUUGAUGGAAUUAGAAUUCAAAAGAUUAGAAUGAUAUGAUUUAACCCUUACUUUCUAACUCUUACAAUGCCCAGUCCCCCUGUGAUAUCUUUGCUGUGUUCAGUGGUGCAUUUUCCUGUUUCUAGAGGGAAAUCAUGCACUUGUUAUUCUUCAGGAAACUGGCUAAAUGUAUAACAAUAUCCAAAGUUACAUCAUAAUCUUUAAUGUGAUUGUAUGAAUCACAUAGUCUUUAAUAUUCCCUAGAUAGAGGCUUAAUCUUUUUUUUAAAUCAUUUGCCACAUUUGUUCUAGAAUACAGGUUUUUUAUAAUAUCUUAACAGUCUGACUAACAAUUUAUUUUUCCCUUCAAACAUUUUCUAUGUUCUUGUGCAUCAAAUCUUGUAGAGUUGAAAUCUUAAGAGAUUGCAUAACUAAAUUGAAGAGAAGUAAAAAAAUUGGCAUAAGUCUUUUCCUUUUGUGAAAACUGAAGGAACGAGUAGCUUACAUCAGAUUGUAAUGUGUUUAUCUCCUUUUUCUUUUUAAUCCCUAAACCUGGAUAAACUCCCUUCACAGCAUACUUUGGGUGCCACACAUACAUGCUAUCUGUUAUAAAAUCUGGAUUUCCAUUAUUCAUCCUAGCUCUUACUUUGAUUUUUAAAUUGUUAAUUAAAUAUUUUUCCUCCACA